CAGACACUGAGCUGAGCACCUGCUGAGCACAUCAACCAAAAGAGACAAAGACACUGCAGGACAAACUGUCAACUGUCACUAUGAAGGCCGCCCUCGCCACCAUCGCUGUCCUCAUCCUGGCCCUCGGCUGGACCUCUGAGGCUGUGCAAGUUGAAGAGAAUGGAUUGUCUUUCUCGUUGGAAGCCGUCAAGAGGCUUCAGGAGCUGACGGAGAUCAGCCAUGCAUCAGGACAACAAAGCCCACGACUCAGGGCGGGCACCAUGUCCCUGUGUGCCGACCCCAUGCUCCCCCAGGAGUUCCUGCCCCUCUGUAAGCAGAGAGGAGCAUCUGCGUCCCUCAGCAGACUGGCUAUGGUUCCCAUGGACGUCUGUGAUAUCUGCGCCUUCGCUGCCUGCACUGGCUGCUAAACAAUCCACCAAACCAGAAAUAUUUUUCUCAGCUUAAGACUUGUGAUUUUUUUUCCUCCCCCUCAAAACUAUUUCAGGGAAUCUCUAAAAUGUGUGUCUACAAUGACUUUAUGUUCCCUGAAUACAAAGAUUCUCACUUACUCACGCGACAUUUUUAAGUCGCUGUUUAGACAAAAAGCCCCCAAAAAGAAAGAAAAAUCAGACUGAGGUUUGUUUUUUUUGUAAACUGUUACUGUAGCCUAUUUACUACUAUAUAUUUUUCUGCUGACAGUUCUUUAUCGAAAUUUAUAUUGUUUGUUACAUUUAUAUCUUGCCAAGCUUUAAAAGCAUAUUUAAAAGAAAAGAUUCUUUUUUUUCAUUUUUCUUCUUUUUUAUUGACAUCGUUUUGAAUAAAAAGCC